AAAACGACUUAAACCCUUCAGUUAUUUAUACACACUCUCACUCAAUUACAUCAAAGAAACAAAAAGGAUGCGAGCUUUCUCUCAUCUGUUCUUCAGUUUUCUGGUCAUCCUUUUUGCAAUAAGCUGCAGUGAUGCCUUCACCAGAAACGAUUUUCCAGAGGAGUUCCUCUUCGGAGCCGCCACUUCCGCUUAUCAGUGGGAAGGAGCGGUUGAUGAAGACGGAAGGACUCCAAGCGUCUGGGAUACUUUCUCCCACUCUUAUAACAGAGGAAAUGGAGAUAUAGCAUGUGAUGGGUAUCACAAAUACAAGGAGGAUGUUAAGCUCAUGGCUGAAAUGGGAUUGGAAGCAUUCAGAUUCUCUAUAUCUUGGACAAGGCUUAUACCUAAGGGAAGAGGACACAUUAACCCUAAAGGUCUAUUGUUUUACAAGAACCUCAUCCAAGAACUACGAACCCAUGGAAUCAAACCACACGUUACACUAUACCACUAUGAUCUUCCUCAGUCUCUUGAAGAUGAGUACGGAGGAUGGAUCAACCGCAAAAUCAUAAAAGACUUCACUGCUUUUGCAGAUGUAUGCUUCAGAGAGUUUGGGGAUGAUGUGAAGCUAUGGACUACAAUCAACGAAGCUAACAUAUUCGCCAUUGCUUCUUAUAGCGAAGGAUUUGCACCACCAGGACACUGUUCUCCUACCUCAUUCUUCAAUUGCUCUACGGGAAAUUCUUCUACUGAACCAUAUCUUGCGGGACAUAACAUGUUGUUAGCUCAUGCCUCUGCUUCAAAACUGUACAAACUAGAAUACAAGAGUAAGCAGAGAGGAUCCAUAGGCCUUAGCAUAUAUGCAUUCGGGUUAACUCCUUAUAGUAACUCCAAGGAGGAUGAAAUUGCAACUCAAAGAGCUAAAGAUUUCCUAUUUGGCUGGAUGUUGAAGCCUUUGGUGUUUGGGGACUAUCCAGAUGCAAUGAAGAGAGUCUGGGGAUCGAGGUUACCGGUUUUCUCAGAGGAAGAGUCAGAGAAAGUUAAAGGUUCGUCUGACUUUGUAGGAAUUAUCCACUACACCACAGUCUAUGUGAGAAACAGUACAUCCACCACACCUUCUCUUAUUCCUAGAAGACAAGACUUCUUUACAGACAUGGGAGCCGAGACGAUCUUCAUGGGGAAUUCUACAUUCUUUGAGUGGGAUUUUAUUCCAUGGGGUCUUGAAAGUGUUUUGGAGUAUGUGAAACAGAGCUAUAACAAUCCUCCAAUCUACAUUCUUGAAAACGGUACACCGAUGAAACAUAGUUCGACGCUACAAGACACGCCAAGAAUUGAAUACAUUCAAGCUUACAUCGGUGCUGUGCUCAACGCCAUUAAGAAUGGAUCGGACACAAGAGGAUACUUUGUAUGGUCGAUGAUUGAUGUGUACGAGUUGUUGAGUGGAUACAUGUACAGCUAUGGGAUGUACCAUGUGAAUUUCAGCGAUCCUAGUCUCAAGAGGUCACCAAAGCUAUCUGCUUCUUGGUACACUGGUUUUCUCAAUGGUACAAUGGAUGUUUCUCCUCAAGAUAUUACUCAGAUGCAGAGCCACUUCUCUGGUUCGUCGUCUUUGUGAUGUAGUUACAUAUAUAACUAUGGUUCCGGUUAUGAUUCUCAUUUGGUCUGAGUUGGUCUUUUCAGUGACCAAAAAAGAACUUAGUGGUUUGACUUAUGGUACAAUAAAACAUGCAUUUUAACGCCAUAUGGUUGCACCAAAUUUCACCACUUAAUGUGUUCAAGUGUUACUUGGUCUCUAAGGUGCGCCUCUUGUGUCUGUCUUUGAUUUCCGCCAAAGGAUACCCAACACAACGGCCACACCAAGUGACUGAACUACCCUUAGCUUAUCAAAGUACUCUUUGCGCCGCUCUGGCGCUCUCUGAAUGUUCUUCUGAAUAUAAUCAUGAACUGAUCCCACCAUGAAAGCGUCCAGUCUUUCUUCAGUCAUUGAAGAUUCGUUGGAGCCACCCAGUAACUCAGUAAGAGGGCUGUGCUUGUUGGUAAUGGUAUAUUCCCAUGAAUUCAACUGCAAGGCCGGGAAAGCUAAUGGCUGAUUUUGAAGGGAUAAGCUGUAUAUGGCACUGGCUACUGGCUAGACUCUGCACACAUGGAAAGAGUGUUAAAAUGUAUAGUUUAAGCCGCAAUGACAGAGAGAGGAGGCAGAAAUUUGAGUAUUUUAUAUGGUGACAUCUCUCUUUAGGUAUUUAAAUAUAGAGACAAAUGCAUUGCCAACAAAGUUGAUAUGGCCGAGUUGGUCUAAGGCGCCAGAUUAAGGUUCUGGUCCGAAAGGGCGUGGGUUCAAAUCCCACUGUCAACAUUAGUUUUUAUUUCCUUGAUCGUGUAUACACGUGUGUGCUUAUUCUGAGUUUUGUUUUGCCAGAUUAUUGGAUUUAAUGUUGUUAUUUUUUUACUGAAGCCGAGUUCAAUAAGCAAUUUCGUGUACCGUUUCAGUUUGCGUAGG